GGCUGAGAGGGUGACUCCGCUCCGCUCCCCCGGUGCCGGGGGUGGGGGAGGGACUAUGGUUUAGUUGCCCGGCGAUCCUCUGGCCCCGGAGGGAGGGAUUUGCUUUGCUCGCAGUCAGACGGACCCCCUGUCCCCCCUCUCUGUAGCUGUGACCGGUAAAUAAACACCACCGCAAAAGGGAGCGGAGAGGAGAGGAGAGGGAGUGAGGAGGAGCCAUGGAUCCGCAUCCACAGAGCGAGCGAGCUCAAUUGCCCAGAAACAUGAUUGAAAACAGCAUGUUUGAGGAAGAGCCAGACGUGGUCGAUUUGGCCAAGGAACCGCGUCUUCAUCCCCUGGAGCCAGAUGAGGUUGAGUACGAGCCACACAGCUCACGCUUGCUCGUGCGGGGUCUGGGAGAACACGAUCUUGAAGAUGAUGAAGAAGAUUACGAAUCCUCUGCAAGAUUAUUGGGCAUGUCCUUCAUGAACAGGAGUUCCAACCACCGCAAUAACUUAGCAGGGGGCUAUAACAGGGAAACAUCGGGGGGAUCUUGCUCAACAUCUGCUCGGACCAUAAUAGUGGGAGCGUUUGUUUUUGUGAUCAUACUCUCUGUAGCAAUGGUCGCCUACUUUCUGCCAAAAUGUACCUUCACCAAAGAAGGCUGUCAUAAAAAGAACACAACUUUGACCCCCAUAUUUCCCAUGACAGCCGAUGGCAAGGUAUUUCCUUGGGCAAAGAUGAGACUGCCUAAUGCUGUUGUACCAGUCCGUUAUGUUCUUGUUUUGCAUCCCAAUCUCACUACCUUGACGUUCACGGGCUCAGUGGAGAUACAUCUCGAAGUCAAGGAAAACACAGACAGCAUCAUUCUCCAUAGCUCGGGUCUCCACUACACUGAAGCAACUUUGGCUCCAGAAGUGGGAGGCCAGCCGAUGGCUGUCAAGGUUUUGGAGUAUAUACCAAGGGCGCAAAUUGCAAUCAAGGUCACUCCCAACUUAUUAAAAGGACAAAAGUACAAUCUGAACCUGAACUAUGCAGCAAACCUGUCUAACACCUAUUAUGGAUUCUAUAAUAGUAGUUAUAAAGACAAAGACCAGAACAAGAGAUUGUUGGCAGCCACCCAGUUUGAACCCUUCGCUGCACGGACUGCCUUCCCAUGCUUUGAUGAACCAGCGUUUAAGGCUACAUUUCGGAUCAAGAUUAUCAGGGAACAAUCCCAGGUCGCGUUAUCCAAUAUGCAAAAGAACGCGACGGUAGAGAAGAAUGGCGGACUCUUUGAAGACGAAUUUUGUGAGAGUGUUAAGAUGAGCACUUACCUGGUGGCUUUUAUUGUCGCUGAAUUGACACACGUCACCAGUUCAUCUAAAUCCGGAACUGUAGUAUCAGUACACGCUGUUCCUCACAAGAUGGAGCAAAUCCAUUACGCCCUGGAAGCAGCAGUGAAGCUGCUUGAUUUUUAUGAGAGCUACUUCAAUAUCUCCUACCCCUUAAAGAAACUGGAUUUGGUCGGUAUUCCUGAUUUCCAAGCAGGAGCCAUGGAAAACUGGGGUCUAAUCACUUUCCGAGAAUCAUUGCUCCUGUACAGUUAUAACUAUUCAUCGAUAAUGGACAAACAAAUGAUUACCAUGGUGAUAGCUCAUGAACUGGCCCAUCAGUGGUUUGGUAACUUGGUGACAAUGGAAUGGUGGAACGACCUUUGGUUAAAUGAAGGCUUUGCCACCUUUAUGGAAUUUCUCUCACUUGAAAAGAUAUACCCAGAACUCCAAGUGGCUGACAGAUUUUUACAAAGACGUUUCCUGGCAAUGGACAAGGAUUCUCUGAACUCAUCCCACCCAUUGUCCACUCCUGUUGAAACCGCAGAACAGAUUGAGGAGAUGUUCGAUACAGUUUCUUAUGAUAAGGGAGCUUCCAUUCUUUUGAUGCUGAAGGACUUCCUGUCUGAAGACACUUUCCAACAAGGAAUUAUGAGAUACCUGAUGGACCACAAAUUUGGAAGUGCUAAAAAUGAAGAUUUGUGGAACAGUAUAGCGAAAAUUAAAGAUCAUGAUUUAGAUGUGAAAGAAAUGAUGAAAACAUGGACACUGCAGACUGGAUUUCCCCUGGUCACUGUUAAGCUGGACAAAGCUGCCAAGAAAAUUUACAUCAGCCAAGAGAGAUUCCUCAAGACAGUUAUGCCCCAGGAUCCAGCAUCUUCAACCAAUUCCAGCUCCCUGUGGCACAUCCCACUGACGUACAUAACCAGCAGCUGCAGCAAUUAUAAGGAUUCCAAUUGCAUCAAAAAAUGGCUUCUUAAGGAAAAAACAGGCACCAUUGAUUUUACGGAACCAGAUGUGACCUGGGUGAAGUUUAAUCUGAAUACAAGUGGGUAUUACGUGGUAUAUUAUGAAAACUGUUCAGAGGAAUUAAUACAAUUAUUACAAAAGAAUCAUACAGUACUCAGCGACCACGACCGAGCGAGUCUCAUCAACAAUGCUUUUGGACUUGUAAGCUUAGGCAGAAUCCCACUGGGAGAAGCACUUCACCUGACCAAAUAUCUUAAGAAUGAAGUUUGCACUGCCCCGGUGACUGAAGCAUUGGGUCAGUUCAACUACAUCUACAAUCUUGUGCAGAGGAGAGGGCUGCUGGAUCUCGCUGGCCGGAUGAAGAAAAACGUCUUUGACUUAUUUGGAAAGCUGAUCGAUAAGCAAACCUGGAGUGACAAUGGAUCAUUUUCUGAACGACAACUUCGUUCCACACUUCUUUCUGCUGCUUGCAAUUAUGACUAUAAUGAAUGCAUCCAGAAUGCAACCUUACUAUUUAACAAUUGGACAAAAUUGCAAUCCACAGACUUCUUACCUACGGACCUCAUAAGCACAGUCUUCAUGAUUGGAUCUCGUACCUCAGAGGGUUGGGAUUUCUCUCUGAAGGUGUACACUCAUUUGCAGUUGGAUUCAGAGAAACACAAAAUCCUGAUGGCUUUGGCAAACACCGAAAACGUCAAACAGCUGGUCUGGUUAUUGCAAAAUAGUUUGAGCAAUAAUAUAAUAAAGGCACAUGAAUUGCCCUACAUCCUUGACAUUGCAAGCAAAAAUGUAGUUGGAUACCUCCACACCUGGGAUUUUGUUAAAGAAAAAUGGGAUCCUUUAGUUAAAAAAUUUCAUCUUGGGUCGUCUGCUUUGCAGAAGAUUAUCACUGAAACAACACAGUUUUCAACAAAAAUGCACCUGUUAGAGGUCCAAACAUUUUUUGACUCGCUGAAAGACCAGGGCUCCCAACUGCAAUCUGUGCAGGAAUCGCUUGAGCUAAUUCAUCUGAACAUUCAAUGGAUGGACAGAAAUCUGAAUAAUCUGAAAACGUGGCUAUAGAAAUAACGAUUCCUUUUUUGUUUUGUUUUGGUAAUUUGAAUACACCUAUGUGCUAACUGAUGCUAAAUUGGAGUAGUAUAAAACAGGAUGAGGUCAGCUAUCAUUGCAACAUCAGUUUGCACUAUUGGGGAGGGGUGAAGUUAGCUCAGGGCAACUGAAUUCCUGUUUUUGUCAAAAUUGUAAUUAUUACAUAGUUGUGAGGAGCUGCAGACCAAAACUGGUGAUGGGUGAAUGUAUUAAAAAAAAUUGUGUUAUGCUAAAUGUUCUCACUGUAUGUUACUGGUUUAUAUAAAUUUAGUGUCCAAUGUAAGGUCAAGAAUAUAUGCCACAUAAAGUUUAAAGAGAGAACAUCCAGCUUACAAAACAAUUUAACUUUAUUUUACAUUUGUUGUGUACCAUGGAUCUAUUGUGUGUUACAGUAAAGGGCAAUGUCUUGCAGUUAGGAUUUACAAUAUUGUGGCAGUGCUUUGUGUGCUUUAUUGCUGCUGGCUGUCAGUAUCAUAAUGACACUGUCUGCAAAGACUGGAUAGCUUGUACAGCACAGAUAUGCCUUUCCAACAUUCAGAAUUUAUAGUACAUGGUGCACUUUUUCUGUAUUCUGCCGGAGUUCAACCUACAUACAAUCGUAUCAGUCAGGUGAAACCAUUUAUCUUUGACUUCUACAUCAUUUUCCAUUUUGUUUCCUUUCCAUAACCUACAUCAUAUUGGCUCCACCAGAAUGUGCAUGAUGGUUUAAGAAAGAAUCCAGUUUUUUUGCAGAUGUUAUGUAUAUCUUAUACAGAAAAGUGAUGAGCACCAACCACAUUUAUGGCAGUAAUUUUUGUCUCAGAAUUCUGCUAAUAUUGAUAGACAGAUUGAACUUUGCUGUCAGAAUUUAUGAUCUUAUCAGAACCACUCAACUGAAUUACUGCUUUAUAUCUCACUCUAGCCAUCCAUUAUCCCCUUUAUAUCUUUGACACUUAGUGGAGUCCACAAGGUGACCUGUCAAAAAAGGUACUUUACUUCUACACUGUAAAUCUGCUAUCGCUGCAAUAAUCAUCCAAUGUCAAAAAUGCAGAAUAAAUUUAAAAACAAUGUAAGUUAGAUGUUGCUUUUGAACUAUAAGAGUGUGCAAAUAUUGCAAAUAAUUUUGCCACGUUACACUUAUAUCAACCUCAGGUACUGAUCUCAUUAGUAAUUUGUAUUGAGAAGUGCAAAGUGGGACAUUAAUUGAAAGCCAAGUUGGACACAUGUAUUGUAAAGAAUCAUGUUCUCAGUAAAUUGCCAAAUGGGAAGUCUUGUGAAAACAAUACUGAUUACAAGAAAUGGAAGUACAGAAGUAUAGUUAACUACAUGCAUGUGGUGACUUUAACUCUGUUUCUUCUGAAGAUCCAGCUGCGAUUUUGUUUUCUUUGUAAUUUUCAUUGGCAAGUUUUCAGAAUUAUGACAUUUCUACUCAUUAAGGUCUUGCAUUUUUGUAGCAUUGCUGAAUUGGAAAUACCUGGUCAAUGGUUUACUGUACACAAUGUGUUGAAAGUUAAGAUUUUUGUAAGGGAGCCUUAUUCAUAAUAGGUUUAAAAAUGAGAAAGGAAAGAUAAUGAGCAUUUACUCAUGCAGCCUCAAAAAAGAUGCUGUUGACAUUGCUUCUCUCUCAGGUUGUAAAGUGGUAAAUCAUUAAUUUAAUUUUUGUGGUUUACAGGAGUUUAAUGCUGUGGAGUGAAAAGCGAAGUACUAUAAGUUGAUAGUCGAUAAGAUAUUUUUGGGAGACUUUAAUAGAACUGUGGAUUGUAUAAAUCAGAUCUUAAAAACUCUUUGAAAAAAAUCAGUUGUAUCUUUUAACCAUUAUAAAAACUCCUUAAUAGUUUGUUUAGUUUGUAUUCUUUUAAGCUUGUACAAUUGCACAAUAUUUGCUGAUAAUUAGUGAGGACUGUUAGAAACCAUGAGAAAACUGUUUUGCUGUUACUUUUCUUUCCCCCGCCCCUAAGAGAUAAAUACAUUUCAUUAUAUUUCAGCCUAUUUGCUUGUAACCGCACUGAAAACAAGGCAUGCAAUGCAAAACCACUGUGGUGCAUUUCUGUGAGGUAGAACUAAGUGUAUUUGAUUAUAAUGACAUUUCUGAAUAAAUUACUCUGGAAAUUUG